AUGAGUCAAACUCAAGAAUUGAUUCUUGAUCCUUCCAUUAUACCAACAGAAUUAUCCGAAUUACAUUCAAUAGAAGAGGAUUUGGUGCAUUUGGACACUGAAAAUAUCGAACAAAUUUUUGAUAAUUUGAAAAAUUUAGACAAUGAUAUGAUUAAUUAUGUAAAAUCCUGUAUUCUACACCUUUCAACACAAUUCCGCUUGAAGUGGGGCGUGUUCUCUGAAAUAUCAAAGAAAUUACAAAUUAAUUACUUUGGCGAUUCGCGAUAUCCGUUUUCAAAAUACAUGUCAUCUAUACAGAAAAAUGAAGAUGUACGAGCAUACGAUGAAGUAUUGAGCGAAGAUUCACCAAUUUCUGCAAUAAUUAAUAAUGAUUUUUCAAAAUUAGUAGAAUUUUCAGUAGAUCCCAAAUUCUCUGAAGCUGAAGUCAUGAAUGUUAUAAGUUUGCCUAAUCUAAACUUGCUCGAUCUCUCGGCAUAUGUAGGAAAUUUAGAGAUUUAUCAAUAUCUCAAAUUAAAUGGAAUGGAACCCACAACUAACACAAUGGAGAACGCGAUCAUUGGCGGUAACUUAGAAAUUUGCCAAAUUUGCCAUGAUCAAAUUAAAACUGUUACUGAAGCCCAAAUUAUUGCAGCUAUUAAAUGCCAUAGGUACGAAAUCCUGCAAUGGUUCAUAGACGAGUUUACUCCAAAUGUUGUUUACCUUUCUCUCUCAAUAAAUUCAUAUUCCACUUUAUUAUUUAGCUAUUUCAUCCAGAAGAAUGGAGGAGUGAAUAGCUACAUUGCAACAAACCUGCUUAUUGAUGCAUAUAACACAAAUAAUACUUCUUUACUCUCUUAUUUAAUUAAAAAUGGAGCAGAUGUCAAUAGAAAGUUCGGAAGCGAGGAAGAAACUUUGCUGAUUCGCGCUACAAGAGAUAAUAAGUCUUUUGUAAAGCUUCUUAUUGAUUCUGGAGCGAAUACAGAGAUUACAAAUCCAAAUGGCCUUACACCUUUGCUAAUAACUGCAAUGACAGGAAAUAUUGAAAUUGCACGCAUUCUAAUCGAAGGUGGAGCAAAUUCAAACGUUACUAACUCUUCUGGACAAAAUUUAAUCCAAAUUGCAGAAAAUUUCGGGAAUACGGAAUAUGUCCAGCAGUUCAAAAAGCAGCAAGAAUAUCAGAUAUGUAAUAUUGCUUAA